CCAUAUAGGAUAUAGCCGUCCCCCGUCCCCACUUCCCCUCUUGGACCUGUCUUCAAGCAAGAAACCUCACGCACCUGAAAGUCUGAAACUUUAGCUCGAGCUUUGACAAUGGCGAGCGGCAAGGCUUGCAGGGACCUGAUGGGUCUUCUUUUAGGUGUGAAUUUGGUCGUUUACCUGGUUGUACUUGGAUUGGCUUCUUGGUCUCUUGAUAAGUACAUCGAUGGCGAACAGAAUCACCCUUAUUUGGGUGGCAACCCAUCAACGAGCUUUAUGUUGUUGUUUGCUCUAAUGGCUGGUGUGGUGGGUAUUUGCUCUGUGUUUGUUGGAAUCAUGCAUCUUCGUGCUUGGAGAAGUGAUAGUUUGGCUGGUGCAAGUCCUCUGGCACUCAUCUCUUGGGCUAUUACUGCUCUUGCUUUCGGUUUCGUAUGCAAGAAGAUCAUACUAGGAGGCCAUCGAGGAAAACCCUUGCGAAUUUUGGAAGCAUUCAUCGUAAUAUCAUUGCUGAGUCAGUUGCUGUACCUCGGGGUUUCACAUGCUGGGAUGUUUGACAGCGGUAGUGGACCUGGCUACCGCAACAGCCACAAUUCUGGUGGCAUUGCCAUGGGUCAUGAAACCCACAAGUCUGAUGACAUUACUGAGACCAUAAGCUGAAGGAAAGACCAGGGGUAUUUGGUGUAAAUAUUUGUUGUAAAUAUUUUUAGCACGGCAUGAAAAUGGUGCGUGUUUGGGUGAGGGAAAUGCACUACUUCCCCAUUUUCUUGUUGCAUGUCUGGGUUUUGCAAGUCUAAAGUCUGUAUGUAUUACAAUAUUUGAAAUUAAGCUAUUGCAUUCCU